UCGAUCAUCUGUACACAGCAUACUACACUACUAUACGACGUCCUGGUUACUUGUUGGAUCAUAGUCAAGCUGAGAGCAAAGAUGUCGUCUCGAACCCAGCUGCAAGCCUGCCAUGUCCCUCUCGCAGUCCUCGUCCUCCUCGCCGCCGCCGCCGCUCCCUUGCUCGCCGGUGCGCAGCCGGCGUCCCCUGACCCGGCCGCGGCCGACGACGCCUGCGCCGACCCCAACGUGGACGGCGCGUGCCACAACGUCCGCAAGGCGCUGCGCCUGAAGCUGAUCGCCAUCCCGACGAUCCUGGUGUCCAGCGUGAUCGGCGUGUGCCUGCCGCUCUUCUCCCGCUCCGUCCCCGCGCUCCGGCCCGACCGCAACCUCUUCGUCAUCGUCAAGGCCUUCGCGUCGGGGGUCAUCCUCGCCACGGGGUACAUGCACGUGCUCCCGGACUCCUUCAACAACCUCACCUCGCCGUGCCUGCCCAAGAAGCCCUGGGGGGACUUCUCCUUCACGGCGUUCGUCGCCAUGCUCGCCGCCCUGUUCACGCUCAUGGUGGACUCGCUCAUGCUCACCUUCUACAACCGGAAGAGGAGCGGCAACACCUCCGGCCGGCGCGCGGGCGCCGCGGUCGCCGACCACGAGAGCCCGGCGCACGGGCACGGGCACGGGCACGGGCACUGGCAUGGCCACGGCCACGGACACGGGGACAUCGUCGCGGCGGAGUCCGCGGCAGUCGCCAAGCUCGAGGACGAAGACGAGGCCAGCAAGGUGCAGCUGCGCCGGAACCGUGUCGUCGUUCAGGUCCUUGAGAUGGGCAUCAUCGUGCACUCGGUGGUGAUCGGGCUGGGCAUGGGCGCGUCGCAGAGCGUGUGCACGAUCCGGCCGCUGGUGGCGGCCAUGUGCUUCCACCAGCUGUUCGAGGGGAUGGGGCUCGGCGGCUGCAUCCUGCAGGCGGAGUACGGCCUCAGGAUGAGGGCCGGGCUGGUGUUCUUCUUCUCGACGACGACGCCGUUCGGGAUCGCGCUGGGGCUGGCGCUCACCAGGGUGUACCGGGAGAACAGCCCCACGGCGCUCGUCGUCGUCGGCCUGCUCAACGCCGCCUCCGCGGGGCUGCUCCACUACAUGGCGCUCGUCGAGCUCCUCGCCGCCGACUUCAUGGGGCCCAGGCUGCAGGGCAGCGUCAGGCUCCAGCUCCUCUCCUUCGCCGCCGUCCUCCUCGGCGCCGGCGGCAUGUCCGUCAUGGCCAAGUGGGCGUGAUGAUAUAUGUCGUCUCUCGCGAUCGAUCUGUGUUCUGUAUGAAUAACACAGCGCCUGUACUGUGUGUGUGUGUGUCCUCUAGUGGUUCCUGUGUCUUCCUGUAACCCAGCUUGCUCUUGCUCCGUGUCGAUCGGGCUCAGUGUGUGUGCAAGAAGAAGUGUAGCAGUAGUAUUCUGGGGUAUAUAUAUAUACGUACACUCUGUUGGUAUUUGCUCGAUCACCUUUUU